AUGCGCGCGAAGAGGUGCGCGCGAAAGAAACUGCGGCUGUUUGGGGCGCGCGCUCAGCGGUGCCUGGCCAUUUGGGCCAUUGAGGGCAGCGGUCGCCGCGCCGGGAGAACCGCGGUCCCAGGGAGGCAAUCGAACAUAGCCGGGGCAUGGGCGUCACGUGCGAGGGGGCGGCGGGGGGCGCGCACGGGGCUGGGGCGGGAAAUACCGCUCCCGACUGCCGUCCCGUUCCGCGUUAUUCCAUUAUUCGCACUGGGAGCUCGGGCGGCGGCGACAAACAACCUCGUGACGAGCGCGGCCUGGCUUCUGCCUGACUGCUUCUCUGGGGGCGCCGCCCUGCGCGGGGACGCCUCUGCGAGCGGGGGGUGGGGGAGCGCGGGAGAAGGCCAUGCUUGGCGCGCGGCGCCGCCCCGGCCCGGGCCCCGCCACGGCCGGCUCCACGCCGGCUUCCUCCCCGGCCCGUUUCGCUCUCCCGCAAGCACGGCACCGCUUCUCUCGCCCCGCGCUUCGCGCCGGGCAGACGGUGAAAGCGGACGCGGCUUGGCCCCUGCCUCUGCCCAGCCGUGUCCCAACUCCGGCGUAACACAGCUCUUGCCCCGGAGCAAAAGGGACGCAUUUCGGGGUCCUUGCCCAAUGGCGACACGGGCUCUCGGGGCAGGGCAGGUCAGUAACAGGUUUAGGGAAAUUGAGUCGCUGUCCGUGCUUCAAAUAUGGUUAGAGUGCUCGCUGGGCGAUUGUAGGUUCUUCGGCGCCGCUCUGCUUGCCCGAAGGGAAGGCGAGCCGACCGCCCAUUGGCGGCGGACGCUCGUGCUAUUGCGGGUUGCCCUACCGGGGGCUCUCCGCAUGCUUAGGCUGCGGGAGAGAAAAUUAGUUGCGCGGUGGACGCGCGCUCAAGGGCGGUGGGCGGGAGCUGAGGGUGCGUUGUUGUCUGUUGUUACAGGAGCCGCGCAGCGCGGAUGGACGGCGCCGCGGGUCGGCCCGCCGGCCGGCACCCGCACCCCGCUACAAGUGCGUGCCAAGUCUGUGGGUAGUGGCGCGAUGGCGCACGCCCCUCGCCUGUUAGGCGGCGGAGGCGCGCGGAUGCAAGGUCACGGCACGCAUGCCACGCAGGCACGCGGGUCUAGUCACCGCCUCCGUUGCCGCCUUCAGCGCCUGGCGUCGCGGAGCCUCUGGCCCGCGUUGUGGUGGCGAUGGCGACACGGCUACGUUUCGAAAGCGCCCUCGCUCGCGCACGCGGCUGUGACUGCGCGGCGCUGCGGCUUUCUCUGCGGCCAGCGCGCGCAACCCGCGGGGCGCUGUACAUGCAGGGGCGGGCGCGGAUGGGGUGGGUAUCUCCGCGCCCGGAUGACCGCCGCCGCCCGGGAGCGCAGCCUCUGCCCUUUGGUGCGUGCUGCGCGGUUGAUGGGAGGGCGCCUAAUAGCCGCCUGCGCGGGGUGCGCGAGACGGCGGGGAAAUGAACCCGUCAUUGGAGGUUGCCCAGCCGGGCCGGAUGCGUCCACCGCUGACGAAAUUGAGGCGUCACGUCCGGCGCGGCGCCUUAGGCGGUUUUGGGCCGAGAACGCGAGGCGGCGGGGCCGGCACCGUAAGGACCGACGAGCGCGGCGCGCAGCGCCGCCGGUGGAUGCAAGGCCAGCAGCGGCGGGGCGCGACGCGCGCGGCGACGGCGGCGGCGCGGGCGGCGGGAGAGCGAGCGAGCGGCUGAUGCGCGCGCCUGCUGCCUUGCGCUCCGCUUCGCGCACACCGCCGGGCGCGCCGCGCCGCGGCGUCUCGCCUCGCUUCUUCGCGCGCGUUGGGCCCGCCGUUCCCGCCACGCAACGGCCCCCAAGCCGCCUGCGAGUUCCAGUGCAAGUUCGUGUCAGUGCCUCGUCCUGGAGUGAACUAGUGAAGUGCGUGCUGCCACAGAGAGUGCGAGCCCCGUGUCGGCGCGUCCACGCCCCUGAGCGAGGCAGCCGGGUGCGCGGCCCCAUUGCAUGUCUCCAAAAGCGCGGGCGCCCGCCCCCGCGCGGCCAGCGCCCGCUGCUGCCCGACGCUCGCGCCCGAGCCCGGGCGCCGGCGCAGCUAGGCGCCAAUGCGGCCGCCCCCUCCGAUCACGGGCCGCUACCUGGAUGGCUCCCCUGUCCGAGUAAGGCGGCCCAACAUAUGGUCCAGAGGGCGGCGGCGGCGGCGGCGACGCACGGCGCGCUGCGACGGCGGCGGCGGUUGGCCACCGCGGGACCCGCUGCCCGCUGGCCUCGCCGCCGCCACCGCCGCCACAGCUCGCGCCAAGAGACGUGGAAAGUGUGCAUCCGCCACUGGCCGACAGCGCGCCGCCCGAGCGCGAGUUUUCUCGUGUCCUCUCGCUCCGUUCGCUGUCAUCGCGGCGGCCUGCGCGGCCCUAUCCCGCUCUUGAGACCACCGCGCCGCGUGCGUUGGAGUGGCGAGCGCCAUCUUGGCUGGGGGCACUUCACCAUUGCGUCGACGUCCGUUGACGCGCGCCUGUUGCGCCGCCCUCCGAGAGCGUCUGAACCGGUUGCGGGGCGUCGGCGGAGGGUGGCGCGCUGCGCCGUCCGAGCAACCACCCGCGGGCGGCGGCCUCGGCCAGGGGAACUCUCGAUUUCCGUUCGUGAAAGUGGGGGCGGCGGCUCCGGUGGCUGCGACGCCGAGGGCUGCGUGCUAGAAACCCCUGGUUCGCAUCCAGCUUUGGGAGAUGAGAAUUGUUUAAGUCGCGCGAAAGAACUCGCUCCCGGUGCCCUGGCCAUUUGGGCCACUGAGGCAGCGGCGCCCGCGCCGGAGAACCGGUCCCAGGGAGCAAUCGGAACAAUAGCCGCAUGGGCGUCACGUGCGAGGGGCGCGGGGCGCGCAACGGCUGGGCGGAAUACGCCUCCCGACUGCCCGUCCCGUCCGCGUAUUCCAUUAUUCGCACUGGGAGCUCGGGGGCGAGCGGCGACAAACAACCUCGUGACGAGCGCGGCGUGGCGGUGGUAA